UGGGGGCGGGGCGGGAGGAGUUGCGGGAGGGGACCCUGGGGCCUGGGACCGCAAAAGCCUACCUGCCCUCCCCCUCCCCCACUUUAUCUAUUUACACGAAUAAACGCAAAGGAGGGGGAGGGGAAGCUUUAUUUAUAGAAAUGACAAUGGGGAGCCGGGUGAGGCCCCCCCAGAAGCAAGGUUCAAGUCUCUUGCUUUCUUCCUUAAAAAAAAAAAAAAAAAGAAGAAAAGAAAGAAGAAGAGAAAGAAGGAGACAUUAAGAGAAAUAGGAGGAGGCUGUACUCCUCGCUUUCAGCUUUGGCGAAGAUGGAUCCACGUUUCAUCUUUAAUCACGCCAGGCCCAGGCCCAUCUGUCUUGUUUACUCUGCCGAGGAGAGGACGGGCCUCGGUGGCGACCAUUACCUCGACACCCGGCUAACAAAUGAGGCCCGGCUCGCCGCCGCCGCCUCUGCUGCUGCCGCCGCUGGAAGACAGCCUGGAUUCUCUUUCUUUGUGUCCCCCAUUCCUGACACCCAGCGAAAGCACCCUGUGACUGCCAGAUAGCGCAGUGUUUUGGCCACGGUAACACAUAACACACACACACACACACACACACACACACACACACCCUCCUUCCCUUCUGUGCCCCUCCACGGGCACACUGAUUUCUCACCCCUUUCCACCGAGAGGGGGCCGGGGUGGGCGACAGCAGGAAGGAGACAAGUGGAGGUGGUGGUGGGGUGGCCCUGGUAACGCAGGAGCAGGCAGGGAAGUUGAGCCUAAGACAAAAAGAGAGACCGGGAGACUGGGAGGGCCUUCUUCUAGAAGGUCAAGCCAUUCCUGGCAGAGUGAGGAGCCAGUUGAGUUCUGGGAGCUGGGCACAACCCUGUCACCAAUCUAGUUUUACAGGGAAGGCUUUCUCUCCUAGACUGCAAACGAAUGUGAAACUCGCAAAUAAAAUGUGGCACCCCUCCCGGUCUGGGAGAUAAUGUUGCAGAGACCUCUCCCAUAGUUUAUCAUUGUUUUGCAUUGAUUAUUAUUAUUAUUAUUAAUUAUUUUAUUAUUAUUAUUAUGAUUAUUAUUAUUAUUUUAUGUCAUGUGCGUCCUCUCCCUGUUCUCUCUGACAUUCCAAACCAGGCCCCUUCCUAGUUUGGGGGCUGCCCAAGUCUAGAACCCUUCGUUGGCGUGAAAUUUUGUGUCCUGUACAGAGUGACAAUAGAAAUAAAUGUUUGGUUUCUUGUGACCAGCACGGCGUGUUUUUGUUGAAACCCUGAUGUGAAGAUACAGACAAAUAUGCCACCCAGGAUAUAUGUUAAGCAUCCCAGUCCAUUCGGCCUCAUGUUGGAUGUGGUUGAGGAUUUUUUUCAAAGGGUCCAAGGGGACUUUCAAUCUCUGAGGACUCCCAAUUGUGGUAGUUCGUUUGUUUUCCUUUUGGGGUGGGUGUGUUUUGUUUGGGGCUUUUAAUUUUUUCCCUCCAGUCCAAAAAUGGAUCGAAAGUACUGGGAGGGCUGACUCCAAUUCCUAAUGGGGGGGGGGAAUGUUUCAUUGUAGGACGCGAGAGGCUUAAGUAUGGCAAAGCCUUUCAUAUCGUGAUUUAUUUGUCAUAAGCAAAUAAAAUGCGGUUAAGCUGUCUCUUUCUAGACAGACGACUCUUUGCUUAUUAAGGUUCGGAGGGAGGAUUCUGCGAGGCCGGCCUCUUUCCUCCCGCCUAAGAAGCAAAUCUCCGCAGACCGGCUGUUGGGGGAAAAAAGUGUUAGCUGGCUCUCCCGGAUCUGCGAGGGGGAAAAAAUUUGGAACCAUAAAGUUGAAAACUUUUUUCUCUCAGUAUGGAAGAAGCCCUUCGUCAUGAAUGGGAUCCGCGGAAUUCAUGCCAGAGGAGGCAAGAGGCGCAAAGUCUGAAAGGUCUCCGCCUGCAGCAACAGCUCAGAGGAAACCUGCACCCUCCAUGCUGCCUGCUUCACCAUCCACCUCCCAGCCUCCCAGCCCCAGUCAGGGGCAACUGGCCAGCCAGAAACCUCCAAGGAAGGAAGAAAAAAGACCAGAAAGAAACCAGACUGGGAUCGAAUUGCCUCCCAACCAGUUCCAAUGGGCUCUGUUCUCCAGAAUUAGUAGGAAGCCCCUGCUCCUCCUACCUCUGCAUUUGAGGGAGGGGAGAUUUCUCGCCUGCCGCUCGCGCUGGGGCUCGAUGUGAAUAUAUAUUAUGUCUGCCUGUUCUCCCCUCGUCGGUGGCUAAGGCUAGACUGCUUGGGUAAGAAACCUAGAUGGACACGGAGCGAGGCAAAGACAGGAGACAGGAGGCCUCUCAGCUCAGAGGACGGUGUUGGUGAUGCUUUUAUUUUGGAGUCUCCUAGUUCCCCCCUCCUUGAGCCACCCAGUCCCAGAGUUAGUGGUGGAGGGGUGGGUAGGGAGGGGGAGGAGGAGAGCUCAGGAGAUGGCACUAAGUCACUAGUGAAGCCCUGGCCUUCGCUGUAGGAAGAUUCAAUACUUAGGCAGUCCCCAAAGGAGUAGAGUCCUUAUUUUUGAAGUGGAAAUAAAAACUGGUGGGCUUUUUCUUUAAAAUUAAAAUAAGAAAUAAGCAAAAUCCAUUUCAGGUCAGGGAAGUGGCCUCAGCAUCUGCUUUGAAGAUGUUGGGGUGGGGGAGAAGAAGAAACCCUAUUGAUGUCAGUUCCCUUUUCAGCUCCUAAGAUGGAUUCGAGCCCCAGUCCUCUUCUCCCCCUUGUGUCUCUUCUCUCACCCCGCAGGUCAGCCGCUCCCAACGGACUCGGGAGGAGGGGGGCAGAGAGGGGAGGGGGGGUCCGGCGCCUCACGUGACCCCCGCGGGUGCCAAUGUCCGGUCGUGAGGGUAUCAGGCUCUUGCAAGUUGCCACCCACUGCCCGGGCCUCGCCCAGCGAUGCAGAAAGCCACCUACUACGACAACGCCGCGGCAGCACUCUUCGGAGGCUAUUCCUCGUACCCUGGCAGCAAUGGCUUCGGCUACGACGGUCCCCCCCAACCCCCCUUCCAGGCCGCCACGCACCUGGAGGGCGAUUACCAGCGCUCGGCGUGCUCGCUGCAGUCCCUGGGCAACGCCGCCCCGCAGGCCAAGAGCAAGGAGCUCAACGGUAGCUGCAUGAGGCCCGGCCUGGCCCCCGAGCCCCUGCCGGCCCCGCCCGGCUCACCCCCGCCCAGCGCCGCACCUACCAGUACCACUAGCAACAGCAGUAAUGGGGGCGGGCCCGGCAAAAGCGGCACCCCCAAGUGCGUUCCGGGCUCCAACUCCACCCUCACCAAACAGAUAUUCCCCUGGAUGAAAGAGUCAAGGCAAACGUCCAAGCUGAAAAACAGCUCCCCCGGCACAGCGGAGGGCUGCGGCGGCGGCGGCGGCGGCGGCGGCGGCGGUGGCGGCGGCGGUGGCAGCGGCGGCGGCGGGGGCGGCGGCGGCGGCGGCGGGGGAGGGGACAAGAGCCCCCCGGGGUCGGCGGCGUCCAAGCGCGCGCGGACGGCGUACACGAGCGCGCAGCUGGUGGAGCUGGAGAAGGAGUUCCACUUCAACCGCUACCUGUGCCGGCCGCGCCGCGUGGAGAUGGCCAACCUGCUGAACCUCAGCGAGCGGCAGAUCAAGAUCUGGUUCCAGAACCGGCGCAUGAAGUACAAGAAGGACCAGAAGGCCAAGGGCCUGGCCUCGUCGUCCGGGGGCCCCUCUCCCGCCGGCAGCCCCCCGCAGCCCAUGCAGUCCACGGCCGGCUUCAUGAACGCCUUGCACUCCAUGACCCCCAGCUACGAGAGCCCGUCCCCGCCCGCCUUCGGCAAAGCCCACCAGAAUGCCUACGCGCUGCCCUCCAACUACCAGCCCCCUCUCAAAGGCUGCGGCGCCCCGCAGAAGUACCCCCCGACCCCGGCGCCCGAUUACGAGCCCCUCGUCCUCCAAGCCAAUGGAGGCGCCUACGGGACGCCCACCAUGCAGGGCAGCCCAGUGUACGUGGGCGGGGGCGGCUACGCGGAUCCGCUGCCGCCCCCUGCCGGCCCCUCCCUCUACGGCCUCAACCACCUUUCCCACCACCCCUCGGGGAACCUGGACUACAAUGGGGCGCCCCCUAUGGCUCCUAACCAGCACCACGGACCCUGCGAUCCCCACCCUACCUACACAGACCUCUCCUCUCACCACGCGCCUCCUCCUCAGGGUAGAAUCCAAGAAGCGCCCAAAUUAACACACCUGUGAUGGGAGAGGGAGGGCGGAGGGGCGAGGUCAUGGGGUGGGUGAGAGCCAGGAGGGGUGCGAGGACCCGCGGAGCUCUGGGAGGGCAGCCCAGAGAUCCGAAGGAUGAGCCCGAGCCCCCCCACCCCCACCCCCGCCCCCGCCAGAGGUGAUAGCCACGAUUCCUGGAAGAACAGGCCUGGAGCUCCUCUCCCAACCCCUGGCCUGAGAAGUUGCUUUUUACGGGCCUUCAGUCCUUGCUCCAUCUGCCUGCCAACCCAUUGGAGAAGAAUCCACAGCGGACUGUGGAGAUGACCCCAUCAGCCCUAGGCCUCCAGCAAUACCCAGUUGGAAUGCCAUGCUCCCCAGUGGAGUGGAGGAAGAGGAGAUAGGGAAACAAGGCAGAGAAGCACAUUUUAAAAAACAGACAAGAUGGCUAAGCCAUCACCAACCAACUUACCUUCCAUCUUUGUGGGUAAUUCCUCCAAAUCUUGAUUUUUUUUCUUUCUUGCAAUUCUCCUUUAAAAUUAAAAAAAAAAAAGGCAUUUCAAAACCAAGGGCACAAAGCAAAUUCCCCUCCCCUUUCCACGAAGCCUCAAGUUUCUUCCCAUCUAUUUGAGGUUCUUGGGCAUUCCCUCCAUUGCUAAUCCCAUAUUUUCUGCUUUAGGACUUUAAUAUCUGUACCCCAGCCGCCCCCAUCUUUUACAGUUUUCAGAGGGCUCAGGGAUGGUGAGAGAUCCUGAAAGUCAGAGCUGUCUAUAUUAUAAAUAUAUAUUUUUUUCUUUUAUGGAAACUGGGAGGCCAGAGCAGGCAAGAUGUCAGGACUGCAGGUUUGCCCAUUCUGCUGCCUCCCGUCUCAGCUCCAGGACCAUCCCCCUCUCUCCACAAAAAAGUCGGCGACACGAGGUUCUACACUUUUCUUUUCUUCUGUUGCUCUCUUGACUUAACGUGAAAACAGGGUAUAUUUUAACAAACUGUCUGUCCCGGCCAGGGGCUGCAGCUGGGCCUGUGUGCCUUGCUCAGCCCCCUGACAGGACACUUUUGUUGCACUUAGAGUUUACAUUUUAAUGGAUAUAAAAACAACUGUGAGAGAUGCUUGGGCCUUCAGGAGUCCAGCAUCGCUCAAAAAGUGUGUGUUCUAGUGAACAUUUUCAUAUAUAUUUAUUGGUUAUAGCCUGUUAAAAUAUUUUCUUUUUUGUAUUAUUUAUCCCCCUACAUUAUGUAUUUAUAUGAGGGAAAAAAUGAAAAAUUGUACUUUUCUAGUAUUUACUUGUUAUAAAGGACGUUGUGUUUCCUGUCAUGUAAAACCAGCUAUUUUAGUUAUUGUACUCUAGAAAAGAGCUGUAGAUUUAUGUUAAACGCGUACUGAUGAGCAAUUGUAAUUAGUUCUAAAAGGCAUGAACUCAGCUCCUAUUGUCACUGUAUAGUCCUGAAUUUGUAGAAUUAGAGUUAAUUCCCUCUUGGAACUUUCUUUGUUCUUCCGUACUUUUUUCCUUACUUGAAAGGGUUGUCUGUCAAACCAAUUCUUGAAUAAACUUUCUGUUAUCAAUUUUA